CCGGUGCGGGGAGGCGGCGGCUGGUCGGGCAGCGGGCGGGCGUCGUAGCGGCGGCGACUGGAAGCCGAGCCCGGAGCAUGGCAGGGGCCGAAGCUGCUGUGAAGGCUGCCGUUCGUUUCCCCGCUUUGCCGGCUCCACCCGCCCGCCGGGAACUUUUUCAAGCGGCCGACGGCGGUGUCUCCUCCCGGUGGUGGUGGUGUUGGCAGCGGCGCCGGCAGCAGUCUCGGCGGCGGCUCCGCUCGGCAGUGCCUCCGGGGCCGGGGCUGGGGCUGCUGGGGCUGGUUUUCUCUCGCUUCUGCUGCAGUGCCUUAGCUGGACCAGUUGUUGAUCCACAUGUGACAGCAGUUUGGGGGAAGAAAGUUGCACUAAAAUGCAUAAUUGAUGUAAAUGAAACAAUAACACAAGUUUCUUGGGAGAAGAUACAUGGUAAAAGUUCACAUACUAUUGCAGUUCAUCACCCUGAAUAUGGAAUAUCUGUUCAAGGAGAAUAUCAAGGAAGAGUGUCUUUUAAAAACUACUCACUUGCUGAUGCAACAAUUAUCUUAAAAAACGUAAGCUUUUCUGAUGCAGGGGAAUAUAUUUGCAAGGCAGUUACAUUCCCCCUUGGAAAUACACAGUCAUCAACUACGGUAACUGUACUAGUUGAACCUGUUGUAAGCUUAACAAAAGGACCAAGCCCUCUAAUAGAUGGUGCAAAUAGGACAAUAGCAGCCACUUGUAUGGCAGCCACUGGAAAACCUGCUGCAGAGAUUGAUUGGGAAGGAGGUCUUGGUGAAAUGGAAUCCAGUUCUACUUUGUUUCCAAAUGAAACGGUGACAGUUGUAAGUCAGUAUAUGAUUGUCCCUACGCGAUUUGCAAGAGGAAGACGUAUAACUUGUAUUGUGAGGCACCCUGCUUUGGAAAAGGAGAUAAGAUACCCUUAUGUGUUGGACAUACAGUAUGCCCCAGAAGUUUCAGUAACUGGCUAUGAUGGAAACUGGUUCAUUGGAAGAGAGAAUGUUCAGCUUAGAUGUAAUGCUGAUGCAAAUCCAUUACCUAUGGAGUUUAUGUGGACCAGGUUGGAUGGACAAUGGCCCGAAGGACUGCUGUCUGUCAACAAUACUCUGCAGUUUACCAGCCCAUUGACUUACAACUACACUGGGACUUAUAUCUGUAAGGUGACUAAUUCUCUUGGUCAGAGAAGUGAUCAGAAGACUAUCUACAUCUUAGAUGUGCCAUAUAAGCAGACAUCUUCUGUUGCUGUAGCAGGGGCUGUGAUUGGAGCAGUCCUUGCACUUUUUAUUAUUACCAUCUUUGUAACAGUGCUGCUGACUCCAAGGAAGAAAAGGCCACCCUAUCUGGACAAAGUGAUUGAUCUUCCACCCACUCACAAACCAUCCUCAUGUGAGGAGAGAGCACUUUCUGUACCACAGAAAGAAGCCAUGCUUCAGAAAGAACAAUUUCCUUUGCAAAACCAGUACAGAGAGAAAGAUGCUGGAAACUUGCAGCACAUGAAAGCUGUGAAUGGAAGACAACUUACAUGUGAGGCUGAAGAGCCACAAGAUCAAGAAGGUCUUCAGCAUAUGUAUCCUGUUUAUCAACAGUCGUACUACAAAAAUUGGAGCAGCAGAUACCCUCAAAACUCAGUACCUGGAAGAGUCUACAUCAAUCCAAGGGAGCAUUAUGUAUAAUUCUAUACUCAAAUGUCUUAAGAUACAAGGUUUUUAAUAGCUGUUGACUGUAUGACUGAUAGGUCUCAUCUUUCAUCUCUGAAAUAAUUGAUCUUUUUUCCUGUGGGAAGAAAUUGCAUGGAGAAUUUUAUCUAGGUAAACUCUAUGGAACUUAAGACUUAACUUGCUUUCUAGCCUUUGGUAUGUAUUUGUUUUUAUAGUUAUACCAACCUGCCAAAAAAGUAAAGGCAUUUAACUUUGCUAACCUUCAUAGUCACAAGAUAUGUAAAUUAGUUGAAUUGGUUGACAGCUGGCAAAAUAGUUAAGCUGUUGUCCUAGGUAUUUCUGCAAGCAUUCUCUCCCGAAAUGGGUAUCUUGUAACAACUUUACUUAUGUAGAAGUGAGAAAACACAAGCAAGAUAACUGAAUCCCUGGUGACAUAAGCAGUAUCAGGGUAAGUGGGGGUUUUUUUAAUCUUAAAAAACUUGGAAUAAUUAUCAUUUUGACUGGCCUUAGCUUUUGAUUUGUCAACUGGCUCUACCUCUCCCAGUCAAAUAAACAGUUAGACUACCUCUCAAAUUCUCACUUGCUGUUCCAUAACAUAGAUUGUGUGUCUUCCCACCUUUUAAAAAGUGAAGUGUUUUCUAAACAUUAGAAAGUUUUUGGUUUAUGUUGAUCCUGGCUAUCAGUUACUGUACUUGCUGGUUGUAGUUUCACAGUAGGUCUGUAUGAAGCUUCCUUACAGGAAGUAGAUGAGUAGACAGACAAGGCUUCCUGAAAGUGUAGCUGCAUUGUACCUACAAAUUGCAAUUCAGCCAUUUUUCCAAGUAUGAUUCUCGUGUUAAAUGUUGCAGAGUUUUCUCUUGCUUUUCUUGUUCUUUCGUUGCCUAACAUAGGCAGUUUUAUUGCAAAGAGAUGUGCUCUCAUGCCUUAGCAAGAAAAAGAAGGCUACAGUAAACUUCAAAUAUUCUUUAGUACUGUCAUUUAAUCUUAACCAGUAGUGUGAAGUACCUGGAGAAUGUCCUGAUGUUACCAGUGCUAACAGUAUUUUACAUACGAUUUUAAGCGUGUGACAUAAGGGCUGAAAAAUUUGCUCAGGAUCUUUUUCAAAAAAUAAGUUGCUCUUCUGAGUAUAAAAUGAGUAUUUACCAAGUUUAAAAAUAUAUAUAUAUAUAAUAUGUUGCUACCAAAAUGAACUCACAGGGCAAUCUUAAAAUGUUUGAAGACAGCAGGAGUUAAGAGGGAUUGUGGAGUCUCCUUCCUUGGAUGUCUUCAAGACACCCCUGGACAUAUUCAUAUGCGACCUGAUCUAGAUUGACCUGCUUCUGCAGGGAGGUUGGGCUAGAUGAUCUCUAAAGGUCCCUUCCAACCCUACCAUUCUAUGAAAAUUUGCUGGAUAAACUUAAACAGUGUACAUGUGUUUUGUACACAAGUAGAGAGUAAUGAUUUUUUUCAGUCAAGAUGACCUGAAUACAAAACAUUGCGAAGAAUGGCUUUGUCAUAGAAUCUUAACGAUUGGAAGGGACCUCGAGAGAUCAUCCAGUCCACUCAUACUGAACUAGUUAUUUUUAAAGAAUUAACCAUCAUUGCUGUGAUAUUAGUGUUUUCUCUACAGAUGAUUGGAUUUUUCAGGCAGAGGGAAGAGACAGUUGUAGAAGCAAUAAAAUUGAAAGCUUGUGUAGUUAAGUGUGCUGCAGGCAGGAUGCUCUUAUAAAACCUGUAUUCAGCCUAUGUUCAUAUCAUAGCAAAGUUAAUGAGAUCCCUCACCACAAAAGGGCUAGGUAAAUAUUUCUAGUUUGUUACAGGUAGCAGCUAGAGGAAAAUGGCUUAGGUGACUGUUCUGAACACCAUAUAAGUAAACAUUAACUGUUCUCUUGCAACACAACUUCCUGUUAUGUGAUGUGUAUGAGGAAUACAAAGGAAUACUGAAGGAAUAACAAAGAGAAAGAUUGGAGAGAACUUAUUUCUCAGGAGCCUUGUUUGAACAACUAUCAGGUUGCUUUGUUUUUAGGGACUGCACAUUAUUGUAAAUGGAGCCACUGUUUUCAACUUCAAAACUUCCUGCAGUGUUUAUGAGACCUAAAGAAGGGCUUGUGUUCCCCAAAGAUGUCAUUUUCCAGUAAUGUCAGUUUAAGCAGCUACCUCUUGCCACAAGCUUUGCCUCACCUAUCCUUGCAUUGCUGCAGUUCCAAAAAACAUCUAUUGCCAGACCAUGACAUGAAAACAGUGUUUUGACCAAAUGUCAAAGCAGAUAGAAUGAUAGAACAUUGAGAUAAACGAUACUGCUUGAAAUAAUUUGACCAAUAUCACUGAGCAAAAGUUCAUUAGUUAAAAAAAUAUAUACAUUACAGGGUGGUUCAAAACAGUGUCACUGUGAUGAUGCUUCUACUACAUUCAUUAGUACAAUGUGAUAUUGAGCAGGUGAUCGUUUCAGUUCCUAUUACAUUGACAGACGAUGUUAAAAAAAAACCCAAUUAUUUUGGAUUCAGACCUCUUCUGCUUUUUAUUCUUAUUUGCAGAUACAUUUUUACUUGAAGAGUUAAAACUUUGGAGGAAGGAGAGGAAGAAUGUUAUCAACAAAGCUAUAGUUGCUUUUUUGAGUUUCUGAAAAUAAGUUAAAAAACCAAGUCCAGCUAUGUUACCCAAGUUAUGUAUCAACAAACUACAGAAAGCUUAAAUUGCAAACUAUUCAUCAGCAUGUAGUUUGUUCUAAAGUCAUUAGGGAAAUAUGUUAUCAUGGUUAUUAACUGUGAGAAAUGUUGGGUUUCUUUAAUCUGAUCAGGGAUGUUUAGAGUGUUAGAUUUUUUGAAGUUUUAUUUGUAGUUUUAAGUGUGGCUUACACUUAGAAUACUCUCCCUUUGGGAGAGAGGAUUUAUCAUAAAAUGCUCUCAAGAGAACAGCAAACUGUCUGCUGAUUAGGAUUUCCCACAAUGCAGUGCACAUAUAGAAUUAAGCUCAAUCUGCUUUUUCAAGAUGUAGAAAGUGUCCUUUUAUUUUUGUACAUCUUCAAAUGUUUGUAUAUUGGUUUGAAUAAAAACAUUGAAAAUAGU